AUGAAAGCCAAACAGUCCUCCUCCGCAUGGACACCGUUGCAGAAAGCCGGCCCAAUCUUCCAAGAAUCAAAGCAAAUCAGUGCCUUUCUUCUUCCCUCGAGCCAGGGCAUCCAUUUCUUUACUUUCCGGCCAGGGCAUUUGCACUUUUAUAUGUAUAAUAUAGAUAUGGAUCCUCGCUGUGUACCCUACCGUCAAUUCUUCACUCGAUCGUUCGAGAUCAGCUUUGAGGUCUUCCGAUGGCUGCACCGGUGGUAGACGCGGAGUACCUGAAGGAGAUCGACAAGGUUCGCAGGGACCUUCGAGCUCUCAUCUCCAGCAAGCACUGCGCCCCGAUCAUGCUCCGCUUGGCGUGGCAUGAUGCAGGCACUUAUGAUGCUAAAACAAAGACUGGAGGACCCAAUGGCUCGAUCAGGAAUGAGAGAGAGUUAAAUCAUAGUGCAAAUAAUGGCCUUAAAAUAGCAAUUGAAUUUUGUGAAGCAGUGAAGGCUAAGCAUCCACAAAUUACCUAUGCUGACCUUUACCAGCUUGCUGGGGUAGUUGCAGUAGAGGUCACUGGAGGCCCCACAGUUGACUUCGUUCCAGGAAGAAAGGAUUCAGUGGAUUCUCCCGAAGAAGGGCGCCUCCCAGAUGCUAAACAAGGGCCGCCGCAUCUCAGGGCGAUAUUCUAUCGGAUGGGUCUGUCUGAUAAGGAUAUUGUAGCACUAUCUGGGGCCCACACAUUGGGGAGGGCACAUCCAGAGAGAUCAGGCUUUGAGGGCCCUUGGACUCGGGACCCUUUGAAGUUUGACAAUUCAUACUAUGUGGAACUUCUGAACAAGGAGUCGAAUGGGCUGUUAAAACUUCCAACAGACAUGGCUCUAGUCGAGGAUCCUGAGUUUCGUCAGUAUGUCGUACUUUAUGCAGAGGAUGAAGAAGCAUUCUUUGCAGACUACGCGGCAUCACACAAGAAAUUGUCGGAGCUAGGGUUUACUUCUACUCCGCCUUCUUCUGGCUUCAACCUUGCUGCUAUGGGAGUUGCUGUUGCCACUGUUGUCUUGCUCCUCGGUUACGUUUACGAAGUUGGCAGAAGAGUGAAGUAGUAAAUGGGAGUAAUAUGGAACAUUUAUACGGUUCUUCUGCCGCACAUGAGAUUAUCAUAUAUAUUUAAGUUUCUAGUCUUACAACAUCAUCAUGAGUCGAACUUGGGCCCAACUGUAUAUACGAUCACAUAAAUUAAUUUAGGUUUUAUUGCUUCUUAAUUCUAUUUGUUUAACAAAAAUUAGAAAACAAUGCCUGUUAUACGUUAUUAUUCCUCUUUCCAAGACUAAUCGAAAAGAAAAUGGAAUUUCUAAUG